UUAUUUUGCUAUCUUCGUAUCGAUGGCUAAAAAACGGCCGCACCCAGAACGAUGGCUGCUGCCUUUCAAAAUUGCCGCGAAACCCAUCGUUUCGCUAAAACCCUAAGUCAGCUGUGGCUGUUUUAUGAUCCCUCCAACUAAUCCCCAACUUUGUUCAUCUUAAUUUCACACUGUGGGAGACGAGAAGACGGCAGGGUUUCUCCCAAUCCUGCUCCCAUUUCCAUGCUUAGCCGUAUUCAUCAAUGGAAGCCAUUACAUUUUCUGAGGAAAUGCGGGAUACUGGCUUCUUUUAGUUCCGUGAUCCUUGCUAGGCCUUCAGUUUCUGCCGCCCGGGUCGAAGAGGAAACCGUCACUACCUCCUUCUUUCUGAACCAGAACGACCCAGUUCAUGAAAUUCUCACAGGUUUGAAUUCCCUUGGGUUUAGAGCAUAUGUUGGUGGAUGUAGCUUUCAAACUGUUGUUUCUACUUUGAGUGAAACUGUAGUGGAUGGCGUUCUUGCUAGCUUGAGAACUCAGAAUUCUGAGGUUGCUGUGGCUUUUUUCUAUUUGUUAAGAAACGAGUACGGAUUUCGGCAUUCUGGAUUCUCCCAGUUUGCUGUUUCUCAUAUUUUAGCUGGUAAAGGACGAUUCAAGGAGUUGCAUUCCAUUUUAAAGCAUUUGCUUGAGGAGCAAGGGUUGGGUUCUGCGUCUACCUUUUGUGACCUGCUCUUGAACAAAUUCAGGAAUUGGGAUUCAAAUGGUGUAGUAUGGGAUAUGCUGGCAUUUUCGUACUCUAGACUUGAAAUGAUUCAUGACGCCCUCUUUGUUAUUGCAAAGAUGAAGGAUCUAAAUUUACAAGCUUCAGUUCCAACUUAUAACUCUCUAUUGCAUAACUUGAGGCACACUGAUAUUAUGUGGGAUAUAUACAAUGAGAUCAAAGUUAGUGGAGCUCCUCAUGGUGAAUAUACUACAUCAAUACUUAUACAUGGCCUAUGCGAGCAAUCCAAGUUACAGGAUGCGAUUUCAUUUCUACAGGACAGUAAUGAAGUAGAUGGACCUUCUAUUGUGUCUAUUAAUACCAUUAUGUCAAAGCUUUGCAAAGUGGGGCUGAUAGAUGUUGCGAGGUCAUUUCUUUCUUUGAUGGUCAAGAAUGGACUUCUUCCUGAUUCCUACAGUUAUAAUAUUCUUGUUCAUGGGUUAUGUGUAGCAGGUUCCAUGGACGAAGCUCUGGAAUUCACAGAUGACAUGGAAAAGCAUGGUGUGGAACCUGAUGUAGUAACUUACAACACACUCGCCAAAGGAUUUCUCCUGCUUGGUUUGAUGAGUGGGGCCCGGAAAGUUGUCCAAAAAAUGUUGCUAAAAGGUCUAAAUCCAGAUCUUGUGACGUAUACAAUACUGAUGUGUGGACAUUGUCAGAUGGGAAAUAUUGAGGAAGCUCUUAAACUGCGGCAAGAAACUCUUUCAAGGGGGUUUAAGUUGAAUAUCAUUUCCUACAGUGUGCUACUUAGCUGUUUGUGUAAAGUUGGACAAAUAGAAGAAGCAUUGACAUUGCUUGAUGAAAUGGAAACUCUAUGUUUGAAACCUGAUUUUAUAGUAUAUUCAAUCCUCAUUCAUGGCCUCUGCAAGCAAGGGCUUGUUCAAAGGGCUUACCAACUAUAUGAACAAAUGUGCUUGAAGAGAAUUUUUCCAAACUACUUUGCUCAACGUGCUGUACUGUUGGGUCUUUUUAAGAAUGGAAAUAUAUCUGAGGCAAGAAAAUAUUUUGAUGCUUUGACUCAUAUGGAUCUGAUUGAGGAUGUUAUUUUGUAUAAUAUUAUGAUUGAUGGUUACGUAAGACUUGGUGAUAUCACUGAGGCUAUGCAGCUAUAUUACAGAAUGAUUGAAAGGAGGAUCACUCCAAGUAUUGUCACUUUCAACACCCUUGUCAAUGGAUUCUGCAGAAGGGGAGACCUAAUGGAGGCUCGAAAGAUGAUGGAAGUCAUUAGGUUGAAUGGAUUGCUACCUAGUGUGGUAACUUAUACUACCCUAAUGAAUGCGUACUGCGAAGUGGGGAACAUGCAGGAAAUGUUUGAUCUUCUUCAUGAGAUGGAAGCAAACAGUGUCGUUCCAACUCAUGUAACUUAUACUGUACUAAUCAAAGGACUUUGCAGACAGAAUAAGAUGCAUGAAUCCCUCCAGUUGCUAGAGUAUAUGUAUGCAAAGGGUCUAAUGCCAGAUCCGGUCACAUAUAAUACUAUUAUCCAAUGUUUUUGCAAGGGAAGAGACAUUGCCAAAGCUUUCCAGCUUUAUAAUAAGAUGUUGCUUCAUAAUCUUGAUCCUACCCAGGUAACUUAUAACGUACUUAUUAAUGGUCUUUGUAUGUAUGGUGACCUAAAGGAUGUGGAUCGAAUGCUAGUUUCUAUGGAGGAUCGAAAUAUUAGCUUGACAAAAGUUGCUUAUAUGACACUAAUUAAAGCACAUUGUGCAAAGGGUGAGGUCUCUAAAGCAUUAGGGUUCUUCAAUCAAAUGUUGGCUAAGAGUUUUGUUAUUUCGAUUAGAGAUUAUAGCGCUAUCAUUAAUCGGCUGUGCAAAAGAGGUCUAAUUACAGAAGCGAAGCACUUCUUUGUUAUGAUGUUAUCAGAAGGCGAAACUCCUGAUUCUGAAAUUUGUGAGACAAUGCUUAAUGCUUUCCAUCAACAGGGUGAUAACAGUUCAGUGUUUGAAUUCCUUGCUAUGGUGGUUAAAUCUGGCUUUAUUUCACAUUGAUCCAUUCCUUGCUAUGGUGGUUGAAUAUGGCUUUAUUUCACAUUGAUCCAUCUAUAAGUGUGAUCAUUUGAUCACAUCAUAUGCUGUUGCAGAUAACUUGUCCUUUUUGGCAUAAAAGGUUAGCACGAGGUACAGGGUGUAGAGGUUAAAUUUCCCUCUCUGGAAUAUAUCAAACUUUAUGCCGCAGAUAAUCAACGAAAGGAAAAUCAUGUCAAUGACCCUCAUGGGGCUCUCCCAGCCUGGAGGCUGCAGCAGACUUAUUGAGUGGGUGCUUAUGACGAGCUGUGCUAACAACUAUAAGCUGAGCUUGAUUCCUUGCAACUAGUUGUAUUCGAGGUAAGGAAUUCUCGGAGCCUGAGGAGCAUCAGUUUCAGAUCUCCCGUCUGUAUUUGUUAAAUAUGGCGGAGGGUUGCUUCGGAUCGGAAACCAAAUUCUAAAACACCAACCGUGGAUACUUGAAGGGAUUUAAAGGCCGUUUGGUAAAAUUGGGAGAGUUAGGUUGGGUGAGCUUACACUGAUAAAAUAAAAACAGUGAGAUAUUAAAUUCACCGUUUUACUCCCAAUUUAACUUCCUUAAUUUGGUACAUUUGAAAUUACUCUCCCAAUUCUUCUCUGUCAUUUCUCUUGCUCCCUCAUCAGUCUUUUCACAUUACUCCCGUUCUUAUCUCUUUCAUUUUUUUUCAUCUGUCUGGUUCGUCUUCUUUAUCUCUAUUUUUCUUCCUCAGAUUCUCUUCUUUUGCUCAAUCACAUGGGUCUUUUCUUGUUGAAUCACUCUCUGCUCUUCUCUGUAUAUUUUUUUAAGGUUAUUUUCAUGAUUUUACUACGUAUGUGAUUAUUUGUUGUAGAUCCAACUAAGUUUCUUCUUCCUCUUUCGGUUUUUUGUUCA